UGCGGGCUGCGGCUCUACUCUAGGGUCCCUCUAGGCCAGCUGCCGUGCAGUCCAAGUCCAAGUCCAAGUCCAAGCGCUAAUAAAUUUGCCGUUUUAUAGCUUCGCACCGGACUCGAUAAAAAAGGGAACCGGAAAGGGAAGGCGGACGGAGAAGUUGCCUUUUGCUGUGUGCGCUGUGUUGGUGGGCUGUGACGAGGGCGCGAAUGGCCGGCGCCUCCUCCACCUCCGCGUCGGCGCGGGCCACGCCACCGGCUCGCUCAUUGCCUCCGCUCGGCGCGUCGGGGAGCCAGCAGGAGCCGGCUGCCACUGCGAGCCACCACGCCGCCGGCGCCGGCGCCUCGUCCAGGCCGAUGCGGCGCAAGGGAAGGAAGCAGAAGCAGCUGUGGCCGAAGACGGUGCUUCGGAAAUGGCUCAACAUCAGGUCGCCGGAAUCCGACUUCAGCGCCGACGAGGGCGAAGCCACCGGCGACGACGACACCGAUAGCGAGUUCGAGUACGAAGAAAUGUGCCAUUGGGAGCGCCAACUAUAUGAUGAGGAGAGGAGACUGCGUGGUUUGGGCGCUGAGACAAUUGAUAGCCAAAUGGAGGGUGCUCCCUACAAGCUUAAUAGAAGGCGCAAGUCAGAGACCCUUCGUGCCCAAUAUAUCGACAUUAAGGAACUCAGGGUCUGCGUAGGAACAUGGAAUGUUGCAGGAAGACUUCCACCUGAUGACUUGGAUAUUCAAGAUUGGUUGGAUAUGGAGGAGCCAGCUGAUAUUUAUGUUCUUGGAUUUCAAGAAAUUGUUCCAUUAAAUGCUGGGAAUAUAUUUGGUGCUGAAGACAACCGUCCUGUCGCAAUGUGGGAACAUAUCAUUCGUGAAACAUUGAAUAAGAUUAGUCCUGAUAAACCAAAAUAUAAAUGUCACAGUGAUCCUCCUUCUCCAUCAAGGUUCAAGCCUUCUGACGAUGUGGAAGAUGAACUUGUUAGUGAAUCUGACAGCGAAAGUGGCGGGGAAGUGCACCCAUGGAAUGAACAAGAUUUUACCGUUGAUGAUGACAGUGUUCAUAGUAAUAAAUAUGAGCACUCUACUUCUGGUCCUACUGAAACUACCGUAAAUGGAAACAACUUCAGCAGGGUGCCUUCAAUGAAGAUUUUCGAUAGAUCACACAACUUAAGUUUUAAAGACUAUGUAUCUAGUUUGGAAGAGCCAAUCCAUCAAAAAAUGUUAACUAAAACACUCAGCUACUCAGAGAGGCUUGGAAUGAUUUGGCCUGAACAACCGUUGGAUAUAUUGGCCCAGCGUCUUCCAGACAGCACGAAACCAUUUAUUUCAGAGAAGGCACUGAGGUCAUGUUUGUCUUUCAAAUCAGCACAUGGAGAUUCCAAUGCUUUUCCAGAUGAUUGUUUAGUUCAUGAUUUUAACAUCAAAAGUGCACUAGUCAAAACGAAAAGACCAUACUUCGUAAGGAUAAUAAGCAAGCAGAUGGUUGGAGUUUUUAUUUCAAUAUGGGUACGAAGAAGCCUGCGGAAGCAUAUUCAAAAUUUGAAAGUAUCAACCGUAGGUGUCGGUGCUAUGGGUUAUAUUGGUAAUAAGGGAUCAAUAGCAGUAAGCAUGUCCAUUUAUCAAACACUCUUUUGCUUUAUAUGUUGCCACCUGACCUCUGGAGAAAAGGAUGGAGAUGAACUGAAAAGGAAUGCUGAUGUGCAAGAAAUCCAUCGAAGGACAAUAUUUAAUCCGGUUUCCAGAGUUAGCAUGCCUAAGACUAUAUAUGACCAUGAAAGGAUAAUAUGGUUAGGAGAUCUCAAUUAUAGGAUCAACUUAUCAUAUGAAAAAACACAUGAAUUCAUAUCCAUGAAGGACUGGAAUGGUUUGUUCCAGAAUGACCAGCUAAAACGAGAAUUUAAGAAAGGGCAUUUAUUUGAUGGGUGGACUGAAGGAGUUAUCAGCUUUCCCCCGACAUACAAGUACAAGGUUAACUCAGAGAAAUACACGAGUGAUGAGCCAAAAUCUGGAAGGAGAACACCUGCCUGGUGUGACCGAAUUCUUUCCUUUGGCAAGGGAAUGAGGCUGCAGGCCUACAGGACAGUUGAUAUCAGGCUAUCCGAUCACCGCCCUGUGACAGCUGUGUACACUUCCGAUGUUGAGGUUUUCUGUCCCAAAAAGUUGCAGAGAGCUCUUACCUUCACCGAUGCAGAGGUUGAGGACCAAUUCUCAUUUGAGGAAGAGAGCACUUCUGGAAUCUUUAGCUUUUGACUAGGAUGAGCACCAAGUACAUCGGGGAAUUUAUGUAAUGAAUUGCGAUGCUUUUCUGAAGUCUCCGAGGAAUUAUUGUUCUCACAUUUCAUCCGCUAUUUCCAGUAUCCAUCCUACUCGCAAUUAGCAUCGGCCAUCAUGUACAUUCCUUCCACACUCUGUAUUUGGAGACCAGGGCGUGGCAUGUUUUUUUUUUUUUAGCUUUACUCUUGUGUGCCUCUUCUGACUAUGAGGAGUUUGUACGCAAUAAUGGCCUCCGUGACGAUCUGAUUUUGUAAUUAAACAUUUGAAUACUGUAGAUUCCUAGGCAGACCGAUUGUGCAGUUCAGUUGGGGUUUGACCUAUACUCCUAUGUGCAGUUUUGAAUCUAUUGCUACCAGUAAGGAAGCAAACCAGUGUACAUUAAUUAGUACUCUCUCCGUCUCCUAAUAUAAGGGAUCUUUGAUA